ACUUUUUCCCUCGCUUCUCCUUCUGUUUCCCCUUAUAUGUGACCAUGGCAGUGCCGGCGGCUUUGAUCCCUCCGACCCAGCUGGUCCCCACUCAGCCCCCGAUCUCCACGUCUGCUUCCUCCUCCGGCACCACCACCUCCACCUCCUCGGCGACCUCGUCUCCAGCUCCGUCCAUCGGGCCCCCGGCGUCCUCAGGGCCAACUCUGUUCCGGCCGGAGCCCAUCGCUUCGGCGGCGGCGGCGGCGGCGGCCACAGUCACCUCCACCGGCGGCGGCAGCGGAGGCGGCGGCGGCGGCGGCGGCGCGGGCAACGGCGGCUGCGGCGGCAGCGACUGCAACCCCAACCCCAGCCUGGCGACCGCCGGCGGCGGCGGCGGCGGCGGCGGCGGCGGGCCCCCCCCCCACGCCAGCGCGGGGGAUUUUGGGGGACUAUCUCUAAGCGGUAGCAAGACCAGUGGCGGCAGCGGCAGCAGCAGCAGUAGCAGCAGCAGCAGCAGCAGCGGGAGCUGCGGGCCCCUCCCCGGGAAACCCGUGUACUCGACCCCGUCCCCAGUGGAAAACACCCCCCAGAAUAAUGAGUGCAAAAUGGUGGAUCUGAGGGGGGCCAAAGUGGCUUCCUUCACGGUGGAGGGCUGCGAGCUGAUCUGCCUGCCCCAGGCUUUCGACCUGUUCCUGAAGCACUUGGUGGGGGGUUUGCACACCGUCUACACCAAGCUGAAGCGGCUGGAGAUCACGCCCGUGGUGUGCAAUGUGGAACAGGUUCGCAUCCUGAGGGGACUGGGCGCCAUCCAGCCCGGAGUGAACCGCUGCAAACUCAUCUCCAGGAAGGACUUCGAGACCCUCUACAAUGACUGCACCAACGCAAGUUCUAGACCUGGAAGGCCUCCUAAGAGGACUCAAAGUGUCACCUCCCCAGAGAACUCUCAUAUCAUGCCACAUUCUGUCCCAGGCCUUAUGUCUCCUGGGAUAAUCCCACCAACAGGUUUGACAGCAGCAGCUGCAGCAGCUGCCGCUGCUACCAAUGCAGCGAUCGCCGAAGCAAUGAAGGUGAAAAAAAUCAAAUUAGAAGCUAUGAGCAACUAUCAUGCCAGUAGUAACCAACAUGGAGCAGAUUCUGAAAAUGGGGACAUGAAUUCAAGUGUCGGACUGGAACUGCCUUUUAUGAUGAUGCCCCACCCUCUAAUUCCUGUCAGCCUACCUCCAGCAUCUGUCACCAUGGCAAUGAGCCAGAUGAACCAUCUCAGCACCAUUGCCAAUAUGGCGGCAGCAGCACAAGUUCAGAGUCCCCCAUCCAGAGUUGAGACAUCUGUUAUUAAGGAGCGUGUUCCCGACAGCCCCUCGCCUGCCCCCUCCCUGGAGGAGGGCCGAAGGCCUGGCAGCCACCCAUCAUCACACCGCAGCAGCAGCGUGUCCAGCUCCCCAGCGCGGACUGAGAGCUCCUCGGACAGAAUCCCUGUCCAUCAGAAUGGUUUGUCCAUGAACCAGAUGCUGAUGGGUUUAUCACCAAACGUACUCCCUGGGCCCAAAGAGGGAGAUUUGGCUGGUCAUGACAUGGGACAUGAGUCGAAAAGGAUGCAUAUUGAAAAAGAUGAGACCCCGCUUUCCACACCAACUGCGAGAGACAGCCUUGACAAACUUUCUCUAACUGGGCAUGGACAACCACUACCUCCAGGAUUCCCAUCUCCUUUUCUGUUUCCUGAUGGACUGUCUUCCAUAGAGACCCUUCUGACUAACAUACAGGGGCUCCUGAAAGUUGCCAUAGAUAAUGCCAGAGCUCAAGAAAAACAGGUUCAACUUGAAAAAACAGAACUGAAGAUGGAUUUUUUAAGGGAAAGAGAAUUAAGGGAAACACUUGAGAAGCAGUUGGCGAUGGAACAAAAGAAUAGAGCCAUAGUUCAAAAGAGGCUAAAGAAGGAGAAGAAGGCAAAGAGAAAAUUGCAGGAAGCACUUGAAUUUGAGACAAAACGGCGUGAGCAAGCCGAACAAACACUAAAACAGGCAGCUUCAGCAGAUAGUCUCAGGGUCUUAAAUGACUCUCUGACCCCAGAGAUAGAAGCUGACCGCAGUGGCGGCAGAACAGAUGCCGAAAGGACAAUACAAGGUAGGAAUUUGCAAAAGGCUAUAAAUCUAGAUCUUGCUCUAUGAGUUUUUCCUCCGCUUUAGCCUGCUAUUCAAGCAUGUAGCCUACCA